UUCCGGUUUACGUGCAAGGGGCGGAGUCAGCUGCGUGAAGGCUGACGCAAGCUUUGUUUGAGUUUUUUUUUUUUAACUGAACCGCUGCACUUUCAUUGACCGUACAGCUGUGUGACAUAAUGAACUCCGUCAUAGCAGGACAGCUUCAGUGAGGCUCCAAAACUCUUUUUUUGAUAUUUAAAUUCACCGUGGGAGUUAGACAUCAUGGUGCAGGAGUACCAGUCACCGGUUCGGGUUUACAAGUACCCCUUUGAGUUGGUCAUGGCGGCAUAUGUGCGGAGAUUCCCAAAGUGCGCUUUGAUCCCCAUGUUUGUCGACAGCGAGGUCAUCAACCAGAGUCGAAGCAAAGACGGCUCGGUCCUCGUGACGGAGAGGCGCUGCACCAUCGAUGUGGACGCCCCCCGACUCCUCAAGCGGAUUGCAGGUGUAGAGUACCUGUACUUCAUCCAGAAGAACACUAUGAACUACAGAAACAGAACCCUCCACAUCGAAGUCCACAAUGAGACCUUCUCUAACAGGGUCACCGUCCGCGAGUUCUGCAGCUACACGGUUCAUCCAGAGAACGAGGACUGGACGUGCUUCGAACAGGCCGCAAGUCUGGAUAUUAAGUCCUUUUUUGGCUUUGAGAGCACUGCAGAGAAGAUAGCCAUGAAACAGUACGCUGCUAGUAUCAAGAAGGGUAAAGAAAUAAUCGAGCAUCACCUCGGAGAGCUGCAGGAAGAAGGAAUAACUCGCAUACCUCGUUGGACCGCCUCCACUGAAUGCACAAGGCCGACCCUCUCCGCUGCCAUCCCAGUGAGCGCUGGCGGAGACGAGCAGGCGGGUACUGCAGAGCUGGUGGCCGGUUCACCCGAUGAUAAAUUGGAUGCUGACUACAUCAGACGUUACCUUGGUGAUUUAACGCCUCUGCAGGAGAGCUGUCUAAUCCGACUGCGUCAAUGGCUGCAGGAAACCCACAAGGGCAAGAUCCCAAAGGAUCAGCACGUCCUGCGCUUCCUCCGAGCCAGAGAUUUCAACAUGGACAAGGCCAGAGAGUUCCUGUGUCAGUCCCUCACUUGGAGGAAGCAGCACCACGUGGAUUUCCUCUUGGACACCUGGGAGCGCCCACAGCUGCUGCAGGACUUCUUCACCGGUGCCUGGCACCACCACGACAGAGAUGGGCGUCCCUUGUAUGUUCUGCGUCUGGGUCAGAUGGACACCAAGGGCUUAGUGAGAGCUUUAGGAGAGGAGGCUCUGCUGAGACAGGUUCUGUCGCUGAACGAGGAAGGACUGAGGCGCUGCGAGGAGAACACCGUAGUCUUUGGUCGGCCCAUAAGCUGUUGGACGUGCCUGAUGGACCUGGACGGCUUGAACAUGCGUCACAUGUGGAGACCAGGAGUGAAGGCUCUGCUGAGAAUCAUCGAGGUGGUUGAAGCCAACUACCCGGAGACUCUGGGCCGCCUGCUUAUAGUCCGUGCUCCCAGGGUUUUUCCUGUUCUGUGGACUUUGGUCAGCCCUCUGAUUGAUGAGAACAGUCGGAAGAAGUUCUUUGUCUACGCUGGAAAUGACUACCAGGGUCCAGGAGGUCUGGUGGACUACAUUGACAGAGAAAUCAUCCCUGACUUUCUAGGAGGAACCUACAUGUGUGACAUCCCCGAUGGAGGAACUGUUCCUAAAUCUUUGUAUCGGACUGCAGAGGAGCUGGAGAGUGAGGAGAACUGCCUGCUGACUGACUGCAUCUACAAGACUGCUAACAUCUUCAAGGGAACUCCAUUUGAGAUGCUGAUAGAGAUCACUGAAGCCUCCUCGGUCAUCACGUGGGAUUUCGACGUGUCUAAAGGAGACGUGGUUUUCAACAUUUAUCAUUCCAAAAGGAUUCCUCAGCUUCCGAAAAAGGACACUCUGGGCGCUCAUGGCAUCACGUCUUUAGGAUCUAUGAACGCUCAGCUGAUAGAUAAGAGCUGGGUGCUGGGUCAGGACUAUAGCAUGGUGGAGAAGGCUCUAGUAUGCAGGGAGGGAGAAAGUAUACAAGGCUCCCACAUUACCCGCUGGCCUGGUUUCUACAUCCUCCAGUGGCGCUUCCACAGCUCCACUGCCGGCGCUGCCUCCAGCCUGCCACGCGUGGACGAUGUGCUGGCCUCCCUGCAGGUCUCCUCCCACAAGUGCAGGAUCAUGUACUACACCGAGGUGCUGGCUUCAAACGAUUUCAGGGGAUCCCUGAGCAGUCUGGAGUCGUGUCAGAGUGGUUUCUCACAACUCAGCGCUGCUACGACGACCUCCAGCCAAUCACACGCCAGCUCCACUCUUUCAAGGUAGCAUCUGUUCAAACACAACAGCGGACCACAUCUACAUGCCAUUUAAGGCUUUAAAGACUCAGAGGGCGAUCAAUGAAUGUGAUUAAACUCUUUUCAUUUCAUUGACUUUUGAAUUUCAUGUCCAUGUUUAUAGGACCUUCCUCGAACUGCAUGUGUGAUAAAUGAAAUACUUGUAAAGCAAAGCACAUCAAAUGUAGUGACUGACCUCUUUCUAGAAAUAUUUAAUUUGAAAAAGAGAGAUCUGAUAAAACACAAUUUUUAUUUUUAUUUUUUCUAGGAUGAAAUGCAGUUUUAACCACUAGAUGUCAGUGUUUUUCCUUGUGUGGAACCUCUGGGCUCACAGGAAGUUUGAAAUUGUCAAUUGAAGUAAUAAAUAUUUAUGUCUCAA